AUGGUUAUCUUACCAGGAAGAGAAAUACCUGCAGAGUUUGAACACCGAGCCACAGGAAAUUCAUUGACCAUUCGACUAGAUGGUAACAGUCCUAUUUCUGCUUUAUCUACUAUUAGGCUUUGCAUCGUGGUGUCACCUAACCAUCAAAUCAGCCAAUAUAGUAGAUAUACACCAAAGAUAUUGUGCCGUCGCAUAGGCAAACUCAAAUUUGAGGAGCAUUUCUCUCUAGGUCGUGUCUCCGAAUAUCGAACUGAACAUCAUGCUAUAUUGGACUCUGGCUCGUCAUUUAUCGAUCCCUCUGAAGUGAGCGGAGAGAUCAUGCUCGAAUUCAUCAUGAAAUCUCAUGGCUUUGAAAUUAUUGAGUGUGGUGCCUAUGUCUCGACCGAUGAUACAAAGGAAGGGAGCUAUGAAUCUAGAUUAGACCAAGUGUUCGAAGACAGCUAUGAUAGUAUCACUAAUGGGAGCUGUGAGUUUGAACACAGCCAAGCCUUUAAAGACGACACAAAUGGAGUAGUAAUAUGUGACGAGAUUCUCGAGGGCCAAGAACGUACAGAUUGUUGGAGGUGGCUCUUCCUCUGCUUUAGUUGUCUCCCAUUUUGUGAGAAACAUCAGUAG